CUCCGAUCACCGGCGGCGAACCUGAAAUCAAAAAUCAAACACAGAGACACAGCUUCAGAUUCAGCUCAAUAUCUUCAGAGUACAGUGAGGAUUACGUCUUCGAGCUUUACCGUUCGACGAAGAAGCUGAAACGGAUAAGCUCCUCAAGCUGCUCGGUAAUCUCAUCAUCAAAUUCGCCAUUCUCGUCGUCUUCUUCUUCUUCUUCUCUCCUUUCCCUUGUUUCUCUCAAUUAAAUUAGCAUUCUCUUAAAAUAAUAAUUGUGUGAACGAAAAUAUAAGGACGCAAUACGACGUCGUUUAUUUCAAAAAACGCAAUCGAAUCGAAACGGUUUUUUCGAAGCAGAGCUUCAAUGGCUGUCACUUCUUCUUCCUCUAUGCUGCUGCUUCGGAACUUCGCUACGGCGGGUAAGAUAGCUCAGUCUUUUCGAGCGAAUUCGAGAAUCUUCUCCACUGGAGAAUUGAUUAGGGUUCUUCCUCGUAUUGGUUCCCAAAGAUCCAUCUGUUCUACUCGUGCUGUACACAAUGAAGAAGCCGCCGCGAAAGCUGCCGCUGCUGUUGCUGACACCGGAGCUCCGACCAUAUUUGACAAGAUAAUAGCGAAAGAGAUUCCAUCAGAUAUUGUGUAUGAAGAUGAAAACGUUUUGGCAUUCAGAGACAUAAACCCACAGGCUCCUGUUCAUGUUUUGGUCAUCCCAAAGUUGAGAGAUGGCUUGACCAUGCUUGGGAAGGCUGAACCAAAACAUGUAGAGGUUCUUGGCCAACUUCUGCACGCAUCGAAGAUUGUUGCUGAGAAAGAAGGCAUCCUCGACGGGUUCCGUGUGGUUAUCAACAACGGUGUUGAAGCCUGUCAAUCUGUUUACCAUCUUCAUCUGCACGUCCUCGGUGGCCGACAGAUGAAGUGGCCACCCGGUUAAGAAGAGGUAUUCGUGGUUAAACCAAAUAAUUUACUAUCAACGAGAGCUCCAUAAUCGUUGAUGACUGAUCAAGUCUUCAAGAGGUUCAAAAUCUGUCAGCUCUAAUCUUUUCUCUUAAAUGGUUUAAUGGUUCUUACCACUGUAUGAUUAUUCUAGUUGUGAUUUCGUAAAGACUAGAGAGUAAUUUGGAAAAUAUUUCAAAUCUUAUAUGAUUUGUGAGUGUAUCUCACCUUUAAUCUAAAAUUUUAUAUUGCUUCUCUUCAUUCAUAACGAGGUUGAAAAUGCUCAACGCUAAUCUUUUAUCUUAUUUGGUUAAUGAGUUUUUAGUUUUGACCACUGUUUUACUUAUCUUACCUAGAGUAUUUUUUCUAUGAAGUAUGUUAAGCUUUACAUCAUUUUCGAUUUUUAACAGACAAUUACAGAGAUAUACGACUAUACCAGUAAAAGAGAAAUACCGUUAAUCUACUAAACAUCAAAACAACAAGUCACAAUAACGAAACUAAAAAGAAAAGCACAAAGACGGAAGACGGAAGACGGAAAUACGUUAAUAGACUAUAAUAGCAUCUAUAAGGUGAACCCAUUAAGGGGUUCUAAUUUUAUUUAAUAAUAUUAUAAUUUUGCUUCUAAUAAAAAUUAGAACCUCUUACAAUUACAAUAUCAUGUCUACAAUGGUGAACCUCUUAUGAGAUAAUAAUAAAAUAUUAAUUUUUUUAAUUCGUUUUUUUGCAUAAUAAUUAUUUGUAUAUAUAGUUAUAAACAUAAAACUUUGAAUGAAAACAUUUUUAUUGUGCAAUACAUGAAAAUAAAACAUAUAAAAUAUUAAAAUUCAAAUUACAUCAUAAAAAUGUUUAAUUUUGAUUUUGAGAAUGGCCAAACAUCUGCCAAAUAUGCUCGACUAAAUCAUUUUUAAGUCGUUCAUGCAUUACGUUAUCGUGAACUUCAUUUCUUUUCCCGAGUAAAUUGUUGAGAUUUGUAGGCAUAUAUAUAGAAUACGUCCUAUCCACCUCUGAAGUUCCGCUUCCUUCUCUUUGCUCGAAAGUUCUUGUAUCAAAUUGAGUACCCAACAAUCUUUCGUUUUCAAUAAUCAUAUUAUGUAAUAUAAUACAGGCUCUCAUAAUCUUGCCAAUUUUUUCCUUAUCCCAAAAGAGAGCUGGGUUUUUUAUAAUUGCAAACCGUGCUUGCAAGACCCCGAAAGCUCGUUCAACAUCUUUUCUGAAGGAUUCUUGACAGUUAGCAAAUAAUUUUGCCUUCUCACCUUGUGGCAUUGAAAUUGAUUGGACAAAAGUUGCCCACUUUGGAUAAAUUCCGUCUGUAAGGUAGUACGCCAAACGGUAUUGAUAUCCGUUGACGAAGUACCUAACUUUUGGUGCUCGGCCAUGUAAAAUAUCAUCGAAAACAGGAGAACGGUCAAGAACAUUGAUAUCGUUUAAUGUACCUGGAGGUCCAAAAAACGCGUGUCAUAUCCAAAGAUCUUGAUCUGCUACAGCCUCCAACACAAUUGUUGGUUUUCCUGAACCACGUGUAUAUUGUCUUUUCCAUGCGGUAGGGCAAUUCUUUCACUCCCAAUGCAUACAAUCAAUGCUUCCUAUCAUUCCGGGAAAUCCGCGCGACUCCCCGAUAUCAAGUAAGCGUUGUAGAUCAUCUGGGUUGGGUCUUCUUAGGUAUUCUUCCCCCAAAUAAAUUGAUGAUUCCUUCAACAAAAUUUUCCAAGCACCUAAGUGCGGUUGUUUCACCGAGGCGGAGGUAUUCAUCAACUGCAUCCGAAGCACAA